AUGGAGAGCUGGGCACCCUACAUCCCUCCGGCCCUUUAUACCCUCGCGGAGUCCCUCGCAGAGCCGGUCACGGAGCACGCGCCGUGGGCUGGUCUCGCUCUGGUCUCGCUUGGCGCUGUGUAUCUGGGCUAUGUGUUCGUGCUGGGCCAAAGAGAAGCUGCUGUUGCGUUCAAUGUGCCGAUUCCCCCUGAGGUGCGACCGAAUUGGAAUGGGAGGAAAUGGGAGGAGGUGCAAGGGGAGGAGAAGAGGUUGUUGGAGGGUCAGGUUCGGGGGCAAUGGAGCGACAAGUUGAUCAUGAGCUAUUGUCCCGCGGACGGAAGAGUGCUGGGGGAAGGAACCAAGCCUGAGACGAAGGACGGAGUCGAUCGCAAGAUUAAGGCCGCCAAAAAUGCGCAGGUGGAGUGGGCGAGGACGAACUUUGCGGAGCGGCGGAAGGUUUUGAGGACCUUGUUGAAAUACGUUCUCGAACAUCAGGAUGAAUUGGCCACCGCAUGCUGUCUCGACUCCGGAAAAACGAAAGUGGACGCCUCGUUUGGAGAAAUCCUCGUCACCGCUGAAAAACUGAAAUGGACCAUCGACCACGGCGAGAAGGCCCUGGCGCCCUCCCCCCGACCGACCAAUUUCCUCAUGAUGUACAAGAAGAACAUGGUCACGUACGAACCUCUGGGUGUGAUCGCCGCCUGCGUCUCCUGGAACUACCCGCUGCAUAACUUCAUCGGACCGGUCAUCAGCGGCCUCUUCGCGGGCAACGCGGUGGUUGUCAAACCCUCCGAGCAAACCGCCUGGUCCUCCGCCUUCUUCCUCGACGUCGCCCGCGGCGCCCUGGCCAGCUGCGGCCACUCGCGCGACCUCGUCCAGACCGUCGUCUGCCUGCCCGACGUCGCCGACUCCCUGACCUCCCACCCGGACAUCGCCCAGCUCACCUUCAUCGGGUCCAAGCCCGUCGCGCACAAAGUCUGCGAAUCCGCCGCGAAGGCCCUCACCCCGGUGACCGUCGAACUCGGCGGCAAGGAUCCCGCCGUGGUGCUCGACGACGCGCGCACCAUCCGCGAGCUUCCCUCCGUCGCCUCCGUCCUCAUGCGCGGCGUCUUCCAAUCCGCCGGCCAGAACUGCGUCGGCGCCGAGCGCAUCAUCGCCCUCCCGGGCGUCUACGACCGCCUCCUCGCCCUCGUCUCCUCCCGCAUCCAAUCCCUCUCCAUCGGCUCCAUCCUCCUCGACUCCCCCCCUCUCGGCCCUCGCACCCCAGACAUGGGCGCCCUGAUCUCCCCGGCUGGCUUCUCGCGCCUCGAAUCCCUCAUCACCGACGCCGUCUCGCACGGCGCGCGCCUCAUCCACGGCGGCACGCAAUACAACCACCCCCGCCACCCCAACGGACACUACUUCCUCCCGACCCUCCUCGCCGACGUCACCCCCGACAUGGCAAUCGCGCAAACCGAACUCUUCGCCCCGAUCUUCCUCCUCAUGCGCGCCUCCUCCGUCCCCCACGCCGUCUCCAUCGCCAACUCCACCGACUACGCCCUCGGCUGCUCUGUCUUCGGCUACGACCAACCUUCCAUCUCCGCGUGCGUCCGCGGAAUCCAAGCCGGAAUGGUCGCAGUGAACGACUUCGGGGCUUACUACGCGGUCCAGUUACCGUUUGGCGGUCUCAAGGGAUCCGGAUAUGGACGGUUCGCUGGGGAAGAGGGACUCCGUGGAGUAUGUAAUAUUAAGAGUGUUUGUGUGGAUCGUUGGCCGAAAGUCAUGGCGACGAGGAUCCCGCCGAGGGUCGAUUAUCCGAUUGCGAAGGAUGGAGACGGGCAGAAGGGGGAUGAAGGGUAUAAGGCGUGGGAGAUGUGUAAGGGGGUUGUGGAGACGGGGUAUCAGAUUACCGUUGGGGGGUGGGUUAGAGGCGUGGUGAGGUUGUUGGGGAAUAUGUGA